ACUACAUCAUGCAUCGCUCCUCCUACCUACAGAUGGCGGCUCCCGACACACAAAACAGACCUUUCAUCAUGGUUAUGGAGUGUAUCAAAUAGACUUCCACAAGGGCUGACACACGCCCACCUGAUAGAAAACUGGAAGCAUGUAACAGAUCACUCAGAAGACUUUUAAAGACACCUGUCUGUCUGUUUUUCAUCUGUAUAAAAUGUCAAGUUUCCUCAAGAAGCACAUUACCUCUAUGGUAAAAGAAAUUAUUCCACUUGGUAUACCACGACGCAACAAUUUAGAUGCCACGUUUCAUCCUGUGUCAGGUGGUCCAUGUCUUGAACCUUCUGAGAAGUCUCCAAAACUCCUGAUCUCACUGCCUAAAUGCAUCCCACCGCCUAAAUGCAUCCCACCCACCGAAAACCCUGAGCUGGAGCAGAGGGACAAGUCCACUUCAGCUGCACUCAAAGCCUCCAACAAGCGAACAGAACAGGAUGGUAUUCUGAAUUGCAAAGUUGUUCUGAAAAAACUACAACCAAACCAUGGCAACAGUAAGAAUGUCUCUCUUAAUCCCACGGUUAAAAAGGACAAUCUGCGAAGGAACAGUACUUACAACAGAGACAGAGAACUUUCUUUUGCUCUCAGUAAAGAGCUGAAUGAAAACCUGAGGGUUGGAGGAAGUUUGUUUCAGUCAGCUGUGAAGGAUCGGAGACAUACUCUUCCUCAGCCAUCUCACUACAGGCAAAAUCCUGAGAGCCAUAAUUCCUGCUCAUUCCAGCAGAGACCCAAAACCUCUGUUCACCAACCUCAUGAGAAAAUAGACCACAAAACCUCCCAUUGUAGCAACAUGUCCUUAGAGAAGGAAUUGAGCACCUCUCAACAGAAGACUAGUCCAGAGGGCAGGCUGUCCUUAACUGCCAAGAGAAAAAGAGAGGGUAGUACAGACAGUGAGAAGGAAGUUAAACGGCCAUGUGUUGAUUUCCAACCCACCCCCAGCUCUUCCAUUGUAACCUCACCUGUAAAAUUUGUCAGACGUGCUUUUGUGAAGUCCAGCAAUGACUUAGUGAUAACUAUAAAUGAGAAACAGUCCCCUACAAAGCUGCCUUCCGCAUCAAACACCAACAACAGACCAAGACCUUCAUCCACCAUCCCCAAGCAGCUUUUUAAGGACUCAAACAUGGGAAGUGACAAACUUCACUCAUUUCAACUCACUAAAUCACCCACAACUGCAGAGCCUAAAGAUGUUAUGCCUAAAAAUCUCAAAACUCCACCCAGCCAACCGCAUUUACGCAAAGUCUCUCCAAAGUCAAGCACGGCGUUCGAUAACAUCGAUACCCUCUUUACUCCAGACUAUUGCUUUUCAUCGCCCAAAACUCAUAACAAAAAAACAAAUGGUGAGAGAGAAAUUUGUACUGUCUCCACACACACAAGCCCCUCGUCCAGCCAUGAGGAGGGUGUUCAAAUUCGUUCAUCCCCCCAUCAGACUGAUCUAAGAUCACCCAGCUUUGCGGAGCAAGCCAGUUCAUGUAAGAUGGAACCGGAUGAAAGAACACUGUUGAAAGUGGAGCAGUCACGCAGCCCCAAGGCUAUCAUGCCUGGCCCAGCUGCGUCGGUGAAAGUAGAAGGAUCAAGAGAACAGAAGUGCUCCCCCCUGUGGAAAGAUCCCUUAGAUAUUGAGCUGGGAGACGACUCGGGCGAUGAGUUGAGAGAAAGCUGUGCUAUCAGCCUGAGCAGCAGUAGCAGUAGUCAUGAAGAUGAGCAGCUGCCAUCCCUGCGGGACAUCCUGGACUGGAGUGUCCGUGUGCCGGUAACUCCCGAAAAAGAUGCUUUCUCAGAGCCCAACACACCGGUCAAAAAAGCUGCACCUGAGGCAGUGAAAACCAAAGCCGUUAGUUAUAUAAAUACACUGGAGCAGAUGCUGCAAGAGAAGGAACAAUAUCAGAGGUCAAAAGAGUUGGAGAGACAGUUACUUGAGUCAUGUGAAGAGGAUCUGCUGAAUUUAUAUGAGGAUGAGAACAGUGAAAAUAAAGAGGAAGACAUCUCACUUGAGCAAAGGGAAUUUUUGCAAAAGUUCUCGGUCGCCUCAAGUGCCAUCAGGGACAUCCACCCAGGAGAGGAAGUAUUCACACCUGCUAAGUUUGGUCGACUCUUCAACCACCAGACGCUGGACCUGAGGAAGAUUAGCGUGACUCCACACAACAGAUCACAACAAAUCCUCCUUCAGGCCCGUACUGAACAUGUGUUGUCUCUGAUCAGUGCUGGCUUGUUGAGGAAAGCCUAUUUUUCUUUCCCUUGUCAGCCUGAGGUUACACGCUGGCUUUUCCAGAUGAUGUCAGUUCACCCAAACCCUGUCAUAUCCUCAUUGAUCCUGCAGUCCCUGCAAAACAUUGCUCUGUCAGCUGCUCAACACAUCGUUGAACACCACAACCAAAGUUUCAAAGUGUGGGAACCCUCUAUACGGGACAUCACUCUGGUUUUCCUGAACAUGGGGGCGUCGUUCAUCAGUCUCUUCCCUCUGGAGGCCCUUCAACCCCCUUUUAAUGAGGGAGACUUUUUAGAGGCCUUUCAGCCAGAAGACACCAGCCAAGACAGAGUGAUAUCUGACAUGAAAGACAGUGCCACUUUACCAAUGCAUAAUUUAGAGAGUGUUCUCAAGUACCUCUCUCUGUGUACUGCGCUGUGUCCGAGAGCGUACACUGACGAGGAGCUGCUGUUGCUUCUGGCGGUGGUGUGUAGAAUUGGACUGGAGACUCAUUUUCAGCUGCUACCAACUGGAGACUUCAGCCUCCUGCUUCAGAAUCUGCUCAAAAACAUCACAAACUGGGAUGUACAGAUAUCUAAAGCUUGCCAGAUUCUGACUGAUUUGUCAGAUGAUCAUCACAACCUCAGGAGACUCGUUUAUCUUCUGCCAGAUAGCACUCGUGGAAAGCAAUUAAAACGGCACCUAAGUGUGUCUAUCAUCUCAAAGCUAUUGAAUCACACCUGCACUUACAAACUCUCAGGCACAGAGUUUACGCUAUCUGAGCUGAAACCUUUCCUACCUCAAAUGCGUCCCUCAUCCCUACUGAAAGUCCUCAGGUCUGCAAGGAGAGCAGAGGACUGUGAUGCCACUCUAGACCAACAAGCAUAUUACCUCUGCUACAGCCUUUUGACUUUGACAAAUGAAGCCUCCAAUUUUGAGUUUUUACCCUCAACCCAGAGAAAUGAUCUGCGGAGUCUUUCUUCUCAGCUGGAGAAGCACAUUAAGUGUGACAUAAGGGAGAGCGAGAAAAUGCUGUACAGAAGCAAGGUGAAAGACUUUGUGGCAAGAAUAUACACAAAGUGGCAGGUGCUUCUCAGACGAACAAGGCCUCAGGAGGGAAAGCUGUAUGAUUAUUGGAAGCCCCCACCAGAGGAUGAGGUGCCCAGCAGUCCUCAGGGCCAGUCCUGCAUCAAAGCACAAGACACUUCAGUGAGUACAGAAGAAACUCUGACCGCGGAGUGGAGCAGUACAGAGUCAGACGAAGAUGCUGAGAGCAAAAAGGGAGAUGAGGACUUGCCAAAAGAGUGUGAGGAGAAGAUGGAACGAGGCAAUGAAAAUUGUGUGGAGGACAUCAGCGAUGUAGAGGAGAAAAGUGAAGAGCCAAAGCAACAGCUGAUGGAGCUAGGUGAUGCAAAGUUGGAAGAAAUAUCCGAUGAAAAACUGUUUGAAAGUCACGAAGACUUAGAGAAUGACGACGACGAUGAUCUCAUGAAACGAGAGGAGGAGCUUCUUAAAGAUGAAGAGCCUCAUGAAGAAGUCCGAAAGCAUAUACCUGUAGAAGAAAACAAUGAGGCAUUAGAGGAGCUUGAGGACUUGUUAGAGAAAGAUAAGGAGCUGUUAGAGAUGAAAGAGGGAAUGGAGGAAGGGAUUUGAGAGGGGAUGUAUUUGGAUUCGGAGGAGUCUUGAGAAAGAAUAGUUGAAACAUUCUCAGGUCAUGUUAGAAUCUUACACCACACUUUUGUUGCCCUCAAUUCAUAUGCACAUUAUUUAAGGAUUUUUCCAUUAACGAAUAGUCUUUCAGUGACACGUGAUGCUUAUAGUUGUUUACAUCUUGUUUAUAAUAUAUAUUCUGAGUAUAUUGUUUUUACAAGGUUCAUCUCUUUUAAGAAAUAAGGUCUAUUAAUAAAUGUUUGGCCCUGGUUUCUCUGAAAACGAGACCUUAAACAUUUUUUAUUUACAUAUAUUUCAUUUGUUGAAACGUAACAUCUAUUAGGUUAAUGUGCACACUGGUAGUUAUUAGGAUCUGCUCUUUAUGCUGCUGUGUAAUCUAUUCCAUUAAUUUUUUUAGUUUGCCAAAAACCUGGGGUAUCUUUAUCCAGACAAUAUAACAGCAAAAGCAAGGGCUUAAAUCAUUGUCAACCUUUUCUGUAGGUUUCUGGAUGUUUAAGCAUCCCAUUAGGUAUAGUGGAUAUAGUGUAUUUUUUAUUAUUUGUUGUUGUUGGCAAUCCAGUCUUCCUCAAAAAAAGAAAAAAUUCACAGUGAUGUUUAUCAUAAGGAUUAAUUAUUUAAAAAGGCUGUAUUUCUUAAAAAGAUAUCAAAUCCUUUGGUUAUUUUUUAUGAAAAUAAAUACUUCCGAUAAAAAA